AUGGAAAUCUUCCAAGCCAAAGCCGACAGCAUGAGCGUCAGUUCCAAGAGAUUUACAACAUUCUUUGUUGUGCUUUUCAUAUCAUUUCCUGUUGCUGUCAUAGUUUCUUCAAUGUACCGAAACUCGACUUUGGCUGUUUUUGAGGGGUUUUCCCAAGGCCCAGGAGAAUCAGUUCAAGACGUUACAACCGUUGGUUCUCAAUUGGGAGAAAGAGUCCACAAUAUAUCAGAUGACAACUUAAGAGGAACAUACAAUAAUACUGUGUCGGUGGUUAAGGUGUUGCCGGAAAAUUUUGAAAAUGGUACAGCUGCAGAAGACAGGGCUAUAACAUUAAGAGUAGAAGGUAAGGUACAAACAGGAGCAGCUCCGAGCGUUACUUCUGAGUUUUUGGCUAGUGAGCCAAAGGUUACAACUCAUGGAUCUGAAUUGGGUGGAAGUGGCACAGUCCAAAGCGUAACACAUGACAGCUUAGGAGGAAAAGAAGGGAAUAAUAACAGCGUUAGGAGUGGAGUUGAGGACCUGCAAGGAAACUCUCAAAAACAUUCAGCUACUGAAGGAAGAACUAAGAAUAUCACUGAAGCAGAUGCUGGUUUGAAAAAUGGUUCUUUGACAAUUUCAACAAGAACAAAUGUUAAUCUCGAUAACAAAGCCAAACUACUUGGUGGACUUUUAACCACUGGAUUUGAUGAAGCAUCUUGCAUAAGCAGGGUGCAAUCCCACUUGUACCGCAAAGUUUCUCCUCACAAACCUUCUCCAUAUUUGAUAUCUAAACUACGUGACUACGAAGAAAUUCAUAGAAGGUGUGGACCUACAACAAGAGCAUAUGAAAGAAGCAUGAGAAAAAUUGUAGGCCCCAAGAACAGUGGUACUGCUGCAACGUGUAAGUACCUUAUUUGGAAACCUGUUAAUGGUUUGGGAAACCAAAUGAUUAGCCUUGCUGCAACAUUUCUUUAUGCCAUCCUCACUGAUCGAGUGCUACUUGUAAAAUUUGGGAAAGACAAGCAUGACCUGUUUUGCGAGCCGUUUCUCAAUUCAACUUGGAUAUUACCAGAGAAAUCUCCUCUCGGGAAUGAACAUCAUAUUCCAACAUAUCAGAUCUUGCUCCAGACGGAUAAGGGCAGCAAUUCAAAGAUGAAUUUACCAUCAGUUCUGUUUAUCAAUCUACAAUACACCUACGAUUACCCUGAGAACUUCUUUCACUGUGACCAUAGUCAAGAUCUUCUCAGUAAGAUUCCUUUGUUGAUCUUGAUGUCUGAUCAAUACUUUGUCCCUUCUCUAUUCAUGAACCCAUUUUUCAACGUGGAGAUUAACAAAAUGUUUCCAGAGAAAGACACAAUUUUCCACCAUUUGGGUCGCUACCUUUUUCAACCUUCAAAUGAGCCAUGGGAACUAAUCAGCAAAUACUAUCAAGCACACUUGGCGAAAGCAGAUGAACGGAUAGGCUUACAGAUAAGAGUAUUUAGUCCCACUACCACUCCACAACAAGCAAUUAUGAAUCUAGUUUUAAGCUGCACAUUAAAUCAUAAGAUACUACCAACAGUGGAUUUGCAAACUUCAUUGUCUUGGGUUGGAAAAAAUAAAACUGUUAAGGCAGUUCUUGUGGCAUCUUUAUAUCAAGAAUAUGGAGAUAAUUUGAGGAGGAUGUAUCUAAAGAAACCAACUGCUAGUGGUGAAUUCAUAGAAGUUUAUCAGCCAAGUCAUGAAGCGAAACAAAAGUUUAAUGAUAAUAAACAUAAUAUAAAAGCUUUGAUGGAGAUGUAUCUGCUAAGUUUAUCUGACGUGUUGGUGACUACUUCUCUCUCUACUUUUGGGUAUGUUGCUCAAGGCUUGGGAAAUUUAAAGCCAUGGUUUCUUCACAGGCUAGUCAGUAAUAAUACCCAUUUUCCACCCUGUGAACAAGAUUUCUCAUUAGAGCCUUGUUAUCAUGCUCCUCCCAAGCAUUACUGUGAUGGAAAGUCCUUGAAAGAUUUUGUUUCUUUUUCCUAUUUGAAGAAGUGCAAGGAUUUUAGUUCUGGUGUGAAGCUGGUUAAGGACACUACUACUACUACUACUACAUAG